CCCAAAUCCCUAAUGAACAAUUUGGGAAAUCGUGUUGCUGUAUGUUUUGUGGGUUGUUAGCCAAUCUAUGCUUAUUUUUAGUGUUUGGAAAUCUGGCCGAAAAAUAUACGGAAGCUAUUAACAAUGGCCAAGUCCCUUGUAUGGAGAAUGCAGUCCUUUACCUUUCUGAGAAUGAAAACAAGGCGGCAGUUGAGAAGGCCUCGGAAUACUAUGAGACUGAGAUGGCCAAGAGAGUGGUGUUUCCUACAGAGACGAUGGACCAGUUCAUGGAUCUUAACAAAGAAUGUGAGGAAAAGGCAGUUGAUAUCUUCAUAACAAGAUCUUUCAAAGACAAAGACCAUCACUUCCAGAAAGAGCUAAUGGGGAGGAUACAGAAGAAAAAGAAUGAAUUUCUGAAGAAAAAUGAGGAUGCUUCUGUUGCUUAUUGUGAUGAUUUGCUUGCAAAGUUAUCAGAAGACCUAGACAAAGCUCUCACUGCUGGGUCGUACGUUGUUCCUGGCGGCUAUCAACUAUUUAAGCCGGAGAUGGAUAAGAUUGUUGGAAAAUACAACGAGGAUACAAAGAAAGGCAUUAAGGGUGAUGAGGUUCUUCAGCGGUUUCUGAAGAAUAAGGAGGUGACUGGAGACACGAUUUUGACAAGUGACAAGGCCCUUGAUGAAAAUGAGAGGAUUAAAGAAGGUAUCUAUGAAGAAGAACUCCUGACACGCCAAGGAUGUGCCUGGCAAGCCAAACUCUACGCGGCACAGAUCAGUGAUCUUGAGAAGGAGCAAGCGGAUCAGGAGACUGCGUGGUAUACGCCCGUAUGGGAGAGCUUGAAAAGUGUAGAAGUAGAUGUUGCACCUUCCCUUUUCAACUUUGGUGCAGGGAUGGUGAAAAAGGCGAUUUCUAGUUUCCAAAACAAGGAGAAAUAA